AUGACAUCCCCGAGCACCUGGUUCGACCAGGGACCUUCACGCGAUUGCUACGAGUGCGGUAGCAUUAUCACCACUGAUGAUGGAACCCAAUGGGAAAUCCGCGAACGCCUCAAGCAAGACGACAUCCCGAGAGCGGCAAAUUCACGCAUCUCACCCAGCCAUGCUACUCUGAAACUGCGCUGUGUAAAGGCCAACGCGAACCCGAGUGAGAGAGGAACAAGCCCAGCAUUUAUGCGGGUGUAUAUACAAAUCCCCCAUAUCGGGUCGGAGUGGGAAGAUUCUGAGACUCGCGCCGCGCAAGCCGAUCACAACUUCCAGCCUGAGGAGCUCGAGGCAUAUACUAUGCUUAGCGAUCACCCAACGGUUUCUAAAUUUACACCGAAGCUGCUAGGAUAUAAGGUGUCGAGGCAGGGGCCCUCAGGCUUCGUUCCUGGUGGGUUUCUUAUCGUUGUUAUAUGGGAAUGUGUUGAGGGACUUCCCCUCGGCGAUCUAACUGGAGGUGCGACUGGAUAUUGGUCUUUGUCGGGGAGUGAGCGUGCUGAAGUACGUCGACACGUUGAGAGGACCUUCAAGGAAAUCUCCUCUACCGUUGGUAUCUGGCCCUUGCCUACUUCUCCUCACCGUCUAGUGUGGAAUUCCACUACCAAGACUUUAUUCUGGGUAGGAUUCCGUUGGUUCAAUCGGAAAAAGGACAGGCUCUGGUAUAAGGGUUGUCUGCCUGCAUAUAAUCUGGUUAAGACCCCGAACAAUCGGUGGUCACGUAGUGACUGGGAUGGGGAUAUUUCAGGCUGGGAAUACUAG